AUGCUGAUAACCUUAAAAAAAUAAAUAAACUAUGUGAUAAAAAGGAUGCCAUUCAACCUCAUUGGGCUCCGACCACUUCAUCUAUGGUACAGGUUCCAUACGGAAAAUUGUUCGGGUGAAAUAAAAAUGGGUCCAUUUCAGCUAAUUUCGUAUGCUGAAAUCCAGAAAUCUAUAAUUAGGAACGGAUGCGGAUCAUGUUAAACAUAAUGCUGUGAUUCUGUUUUCUUUCUUUCUUUCUUUCUUUGGUACAAGAUGUGAUUCCGUUUCGUUUUUUCUUUCUUUUUUUUUUUUUAUUAUAAAGAGUGGGCUGCAUGAACGCGAAGAAAUCUUUCCGAGUCAUAUCCUAGAGUUCGGGAAAGGACAUCUUGAUUGCCACUUUAAAGAACGAGGAAAGGACAUGCCCUCGCUCUCUUCUACGUGGGCGAAGAUUCAUGAACCGCUUCCAUGCGGACGAGCAAAUUCUUUCAUCUGCUCUUAUACUCAAUUGAAGAUAGCAGCACAUAAAAGAGUUAUCUUAUAAAGCAAGCUCACUCGCAUGCAAUCCUGUCAUACUGUCAAAGUGUCAAUCUUAUGACUACUCGACCACUCAAUUAUCAAUUGGCUGCUGGGGCGCCCUCAAUUGCUUUUUCUGCAGCAAUUUGAAUUAAUAACCUUUAUAACUACUGUUCAGAUACUUAUAAUAAUUACGGAGCAAAAGUAGUGAUAUUCCUUCAUGUUCGCGAGGACUUCUUGUCGGAAUUCUGAUAGAUGAAAAACAUGAUUUCAAUAAUAUAAUCAUACAUGUCUUGAUGAUACUCGUGGAGAAAGAAAAAAAAAAAGAUUAUGAUAGAAGGGCACCCUGUCUUGAUGUCAUCGCCGGAAGCCCGCAAGAUUUAAAAAAUUUAAAAAUAUUACUUCAUGUCUCUUGCAAUGGAACACUGAGUGAGCUUUAUUGCCUCAUCUCCUCUGUCCGCGGCAUUAUUGCACGUGGAAGUGGCUAGUAGUGGCACGUCAGAGAGAGAGAGAGACAGACAGAGGCUUUUCUUUGCCUUUAGUAGCUAGCAUUGAGAGAGACAGAGAGCGACUUUUGUUCGUCUUUAGUAGGAUUCAGAGAGGGCAAGAAAGCUUUAGUCGGUAGUUUUUCUUUCGUUGAUUCCUCCACAUUUGGAAGGCUUUUAGAGUGAUAAAGAAGGACCCUUCCGGGUUUCUUUGAUUUUGGAGAGAGAAAGAAAGAGAGGAUGUUGGAAGGGAAGGCAGUGAUCCACGAUACGGACAUGCCCGUAAAGAUGCAGCUGCAGGCCAUGUCCUGUGCCUCCCAAGCCCUCGACCUCUUCGAUGUCCUCGACUGCAAGAGCAUCGCCGCUCACAUCAAAAAGGAGUUUGACAUGAGGUAUGGGCCUGGAUGGCAGUGCGUGGUGGGUUCCAACUUCGGCUGCUUCUUCACCCACAGGCGGGGCACCUUCAUCUACUUCUGCUUCGAGACUCUCUACUUCCUCAUCUUCGAAUCUGCUGCUCUUACUCCUGUUUAGCCAGCCUCUGGCGCCCUCUGCUUUAUAUCUUGCAGAGCUGAUGCUGCUUACCCUCAGGGCCUUUCCUCUUCUUGUGUCGAAAUACCUUUCUUCUCCUUCUAACUGCCUUGAUGUACACAACGAAAGUUCUUGUAAGCAACGAAAUAAGAUAAAUCUUCUAGCUUUAUCUUUUGAUGGUUUAACCUGUUCCUGUGUUUGCACUGAGAACAGCAGUCCAAUUGGUAUGAAUUCUUACAAAUAUUCCUUUCCUGUUCA